CGGAUUUCAGUUCUUGAAUUGAGUUAUUUUAAUCUUUAAUCAGAAAGUGAUCAGACUCGAGGACCCUCAAAAUGAUGCACUACCGCAAGGCGGAGAAUGUUGAGCGGGAUUUGAGCAAGAGUGAAUUGCCAUUUGAUGACUGCGUACCAAAGACCCAAAAGGAUUUCCUCUGGAUGCAGGUUAAAGGCGGCACCAAAGUGAGCAAUGUCAUUGAGUAUGCCCAGGCGGCGCUCAACAAGGGCGAACACCGCUGUCUAGUGUGGAGUGGCUCCGGCGGCGGAGUGGUCAAAACCAUAUCCUGCGCUGAGGUGCUUAAGCGUACCCACCCCCUGUACCAGGUGACGCGCAUGGCCUACAACAGCGUGGAGGAACACUGGAAGCCACAGAUGGAUGGCCUCGAGGAAAUCAUUGUCAACCGCCAGAUACCCAGCAUACACAUACUCAUGAGCCUGGACGAGCUGCCCGAGAGCGUGCAGGGAGUGCAGAAACCCAACACAACUAGCGAUUACUGGCAGGAUAAUGGAACGCCUGCACGUACUCAGCCCCGCCAGCAUCAGCAAGGAGCAGCCAGUCGACCAAAUAAACGACCUAGAUAUGGACGCAACAAGCAGCAGCAAGGAAACCCAGAGCGGAGCACAGAGCAGCUCCCUGUUCCUGCUCCAAGUCCUGGCCAAUGAUAGAUUUCGUCGACUUCACCUGAAGCUUUUCUUUAACUAAUCUAAUCGGCUAGAAUGCUUUGAGUACCCUUUGUAGGGAUAUGCAAAUAAAGUAUAAUUUACUAUGUA